GUCCAGUGUUGGCAAGUCGUAGGUACUUCUGGUUCUAAUUAAACGCAAUAGCAAACCAUCACACAAAGAGCGGCAGAUAUUAUGAUGUAACAACAUAAACACCUAAUUGGCCUGAAGAUUAGCCAGGAUGUCGCAGAUUGCACCGCACUGAUCCCUGAUAAUGGCAACAACACAAUGUGACAGCCACAGACAAUGGCGGCGCCUCUGGAAGGGCUUGAGACCGCUGCCUCUUCCCGCGCCAUUCAUGCGGACCAAGAUACGUGCGAUCAGUCAGUCUCGAGGAGUCGUCGGGUGUGGACGCGCGGCCGGAAGCUUUCGUCACAGUGACUGGGCCGGAUUUCGCAAGCUUUGAUCGGCGCUCUCUGAGGAGAGAGAAGAGAAAAAAGAGAAGACAAAAAUACAACACAACAACAACAUCUCCGUGUGAAGGCUAAGGCGAUGCAUCUCGUCAAGGUGGCGCUGGUGAUGACACUCCUGCUGGUGGUCGCGACGGAAGCCUCGCUGCUGUGGUGGCUCCCCGUCCGCCCGUCCUCCGGGGCCCAGAGCGCCUGGCCGUUCCGAAGGCCCCAGCAGCGUCGUCAGAGUCCAGUCAACAGAUGGCGUCCUCAGCGCACAGCCCAGAGUACGACCGGAGAUAUUCCGCACGAUCGGAAGUUCUUCCGAUAUCUAUGCAGGACAACAGACGUCUGCCCCUACUCCUGGCAGUGGGUGGAAGGCAACAUGCUUCGCGCCAUUGUGAGACUGUCCCUCCAAAAGUGAGGGGAAGGGACAGGUAUCAGCCUAAAUGUAAAAAAUAAAAGGUGUGAGAGAGAUAGGAUAAUACCACAGUGAAAGAUGUGUAAUUAAUGUUAUAGUUUUUUCAUAUUCCGGAGAAAUGUUACGGAAUUGUGAUGCAUGACGUUUUAAUACGUGAUCUCUUCACCGGAAUUCUGGUGAAAGUGCGAUAGGAAAAAGUUGAUUAAUUAUAAUUUUCUACAGUGUCACAAAACCUACGAUUUAUAUGUUAUUUACAGCAUAGAUAUUUGCUACUGUUGCCAAAGAUAUUUGAUUGUUUGUUCUCAGUGUUUCAGUUGUUAAAAAAAUA